GUCCUGUGUGAUCUCCGGGUUGCACAUCAACAACGUACAUGCUUGAAAAACACACAGUUCCUGUCAUAUCUUCCACGGCGCGGUGUCGGCAAGCAAAAGGAUUUUCUCAGAAAAGAGAAUAGAGGGAACACAGAACUUGUGUAAAUAGAAGGAAAUAAUUGGUAAACAAAUUCGUUACCCUAUCACGCAUCGUGUCGCGUCUCCGUUCACAUACAUCUUAGGACAAAAAAGAGAAACCCAAACCAACAAAGCGCCCUCCAGGUCCAAUUAGGGAGCGGGAGAUAUACCCCAACGGGUUUUCGGCUGGGCUGCGGAAUGCUCGAGAGGUGUCGAAUUCAGCAGACACACAACAAUGUUUUGCGGGUCGCCUUUUGAUGUGCGCGUUGAUGCUGGAAGAUGAUGAACGCAAGGAUACACGCGGCGUUGUAUUUUCAACGCACACCAACCGGCCUAGGACCUCUCGUUUGUCUGUUCGUUUGAAAAUAAAAAAAGCAUAAAACAUAUGAUAAUGAUGAGUGAGGAUCGCUAACGACACGACACGACGACACCGCAUAGCAAAACAAUCCCAUCGAAAAGCGAGGUGGAAAAAAGAGUGGAAAAUAUUUAACACUAAAUAUUUAACGGCAGGUGAAACACGCUCGUGUGUGUGUGUGAGCGUGACGUGUUUUAUGUUGUGCAAAGGUGCUAAGUAUGGUAAUAUUGUGGCGAGCGAGAGAAAGAAGAAAAAAAAGGGAAGUGUGAAAAUAUUCUAAACCGUAAACCGACGGAAAUGGCAGGGCGUUUUUCUGUUGUUGUUAUGGGUGUGUUGUGAAGAAAAUUGCCUAUAAUCGAUAAUGAUACAAUAUUGCAACGAAAAGUGAGAUCGCGUGUGAGUGAUCGUGUGUGUGUGUGUUUCGUUGAGAGUAGUGUUUAUGCUGUUGUUCUGUGUGUUGUAGCAGCAAAGUUGGUGUGCGCAAAUGUGCUUGAUAUAGGGAAUAGUUAAAGUUGACGCUAGUGUUUGCCGCUGAGUGGAAUUAAAGAUUCCACUGAUCAAACAUGGAUUACCUGGUGCUAGUAACGACGCUUAUAGCACUGUUCAUAAGCCCAACGAUACAAGCCCAGUAUCGUCCUCCCCGAAUCAUCGAACAUCCCAACAACCAGAUCGUGCCGAAGAAUGAACCCGUAACGCUGAACUGUAAGGCCGAGGGUGUACCGGAACCGACCAUCCACUGGUACAAGGACGGCGAACCGGUGAAGCUUACGCCGAACCACGUGCUGCUCCCGUUGGGCUCACUGUUCUUCCUGCGGACGUUGCACAGCAAGAAGGAGAACGAUGCCGGUGUCUAUCGAUGCGUUGCCUCGAACAUUGCCGGAACUGCCGAAAGCCGCAACGCUACGCUACAGAUUGCAUUACUGCGAGAUGAUUUUCGCGUCGAGCCAAAGGAUACGCGUGUGGCUGCCGGUGAAACAGCCCUGCUGGAGUGCGGUGCGCCAAAGGGUACGCCCGAGCCAAUGAUCCGCUGGAUGAAGGAUGACAGCUUGAUGGACGAGCAGCUUCGGUUCGCCAAGGAGAUCGGUCGCAUCCGGAUCGUGGACGGUGGAAAUCUUCUCAUCAGCGAUGUACGGCCGGCCGAUGGUGGGCGCUACAAAUGUGUAGCGUACAACACGGUCGGUUCGCGCGAAAGUUCCGUCGCACGGCUCACGGUGCAAGUUAAACCAUACUUCAAGCUGGAACCAAUGGAUACGACAGCACUGGUGGGGCAACGCGUACAGUUCCUUUGCGCGGUCGAUGGCGAUCCGCAGCCACAGAUCAUCUGGAGCAAGGAGAACGGUCACAUUCCCGUUGGGAGGGCCGACAUUUUAGAAGAAGACCGCAGCCUGGUUAUCCGAAGCGUGGUACCGAGCGAUCAGGGUCUGUUCAUCUGCGAGGCGCACAAUACGAUCGGUCAAAUCAGUGCCAAAGCGCAACUAAUCGUCAACUCUCCACCAACAUUCCUGAUAAAGCCGCAAGAUCAGAAGACGGCCCUGAACGGGGUGGCAUCUUUCAAGUGUACCGCCUCGGGCAACCCGCAGCCCUCCGUUUUCUGGACGAAGGAAGGCUCCCAGACGCUCAUGUUUCCGAACAAUACGUACGAUAAUAUGCAGGUUUCGGUACAGGGGACACUGCAGAUACGCGGCGUGCAGAAAGAUGACGAUGGGUACUACAUCUGUUCGGCGCUGAGUGUCGCCGGUUCCACGACCAGUAGAGCUUAUUUACAGGUUCUUACAUCGGAGGACAGCAAUCCACCCCCGAUACUGCAGAUCGUACCGGCUAAUCAAACACUGCCCCGGGGCACGGUCGCUAUGCUGCCGUGCCGUGCCAGCGGUAAUCCGACGCCCAUGAUUCGCUGGAUGAAAAAUGCGACCGAUAUCAACCUUUCCGGCGGUAACGGGCGCUUUUCAAUCAUCCAGGGUGGCACGCUAAGAAUUGAUGAUUUGCGAAAUGAGGACAGCGGCUGGUAUCGAUGUGUGGCGUACUCUGAGAAAGGUGAAACCUCGUGGAGCGCAUAUUUAAUGGUUGAAAGUAACCUUUCCUCAAUGCAGCAUCGUUCGCACAACGCUGAACUGCUGCCAUCGGCACCGGGAAUACCGAAGGCAGUCAACAUAACCAACAGCAAUAUCACACUGACCUGGACCCGGGGUCAGGAUGAUCUGCAAAUGAAUUCCGUCACUGGUGGCUACACGAUCGAGUACUACAGCCCCGAGGAAAAGGCGGGCUGGAUUAAGGCGAUGAGUCGUAUACCCGGCUACACUGCUACGAUAACGAAUCUGUCACCUUCCACUUCGUACAUGUUCAUUAUUCGCGCUGAGAACUCGUACGGUUAUUCGGCACCGUCACCAACAUCUGCCAUUAUUCGCACGCUUUCGGCAAACGAUGGAGUUACCAUGCCGGAAGAAAUAGAAACUGCACGACUGGUGCUCAGCGGACAGAUCCUGGAAUUGGUUGACGCAGUUGCAAUCAACUCGACGACCAUCCGCCUCGAAUGGCAACUCCACAUCAGCAACACGGAAGAAUACGUCGAAGGUUUGUACGUGCGGUACCGCAAUCUUUCCGCAAUCGAUACGCAAAGCUACAGCAUGCUAACCAUACCGAUGAAUCCCUCCGAGACGUAUGUCAUAACGGGGUUGGAAAAGUUCACCCGGUACGAGUUUUUCCUGACGCCCUACUUCAAGACGGUCGAAGGACAACCGACCAGCUCGAAGGUGGUACAAACUUUGGAGGAUUUCCCCACGGGCGCCCCGAUGAAUGUGCAGACGGGCAUGGUCAACCUAACGACCGGGUUGGUAAAUUGGUCCCCACCGUUGGAACAGCACCUGAACGGUGCGCUGCUCGGCUACAAGGUACAGCUACGUGCCAGCAACUCAUCGAAGGUUCUAGCCCAGAUCACACUCAACGGCCCAACGACAUCGAUCGUGCUGCACAGUCUUACGACCGGCAUGACGUAUACGGUGCGCGUCGUUGCGUACAACCGGGUCGGUGCGGGACCAUACUCGAAGCCUGCCUAUCUGAUCAUGGAUCCUGCGCACGUCAUCGCGCCGCCCAGGGCCCACAAUUCGCUCAGCGAAAUCGAGGGUUAUCGGCAGCAGGGAUUGCUGCACGAGACGUGGUUCAUGGUGCUGCUAAUCGUACUGCUGUUGGUUAUCUUGACCAGCGGAUGUUUCGGUGCGGUAAUGUUUUUCCGCAACCGGGCGAAGGUUAGCAAAGAGCUGAUGAAUGCUACGAUCGCUGUCAACGGCAAUAUGGAUCCGAGCCGUCGACCGAUGAUGGUAUCGCGCCGCGAUGGACUGUGGAUAGAUCGUGGUCGGCGAUCGCUCGAUACGGAUAAGGAUUCGGGGCUGAGUGAAGCGAAGCUGUUGGAAAGCUCCCAAAACACCUCCAACUAUGCGGAUGUCAGUACGGAUUAUGCCGAGGUGGAUCCAAGAAGUAUAACGUCAUUUUACAACAGUCGCAAGUCUCCAGACAAUCCCUCGCCCUAUGCAACGACAGUUUUGGUGAAUGGAAACUGCAAUGAAAAUGGUAAGAUUUGCUACCAAGGGCUAGACGGGUAUAUAUCCGGUGCGUCCACCAAUCGUUCAGACCCAGCAACAUAUCUGGCGGGACAUCCGAAAGCCUUCACUCCGGUGCCAUAUAAUCAAGCUCCUGCCAACUGGAUUGAUUUCCUUCCUCCUCCACCGGAACAUCCGCCACCGAUUCCACAAGCUUUAGACCACCACAUACAUCUAAAUCAUGUGUAUCCCUCGGAACUGAUCGGUGGCGGUGGUGGCCUGCCACCAACCACGACUGCGAUCGGUUCCCAGGGAUCCGCCGUACGCUGUGGAUCGGCCCAAUCCGGUAGCUAUAAUAGCGGUAGCGCUCAACACUCAUAUCAAUAUGUAGAUCCAUCCCUGCUAGGACGCGGAUCAUCUAGGAGCAGCUCGAACGAAUGUACGAUGCGUAACGUUCCGCCGCUUCCGUUGCCGCCCGGAAGCCACCAGCAACAGCAGCAGCAACAGCAGCAACAGCAGCAGCACUUCCUGCCGUACAUGAACGGUACGCCCGGUUCCGCGGAGCAGUCACCCUACUUCAACGAUGAAGUGUACAACAGUCCGGUGAAGAACGGUGACAUUAACUAUCAUCCGUAUCGGAUGCCUAACUCAUCGUCGGCAUCUUCCAUAUCAUGCUGUCAGUCGAAUCAUUCCCGGAGCAGCCAUUCGGCCGGUUCGAAAAACCAUGACUUUCUAGACCAACAGCAACAACAUCAUCAUCUGCAGCAUCAACAGCAGCAGCAGCAGCAUCAGCAACUUCACAGCAAUAUGAUGCUGCAAGGACCGCCUCACAUAACCAAACUUAAUGGAAUAGGUAGCUACGAUGGGCUUACCCCAUCGAAGGUGGUAUCGUUCAACGAGCAGUAUCAAAUGCUAGAUGAAAGCAGCAUCGUCAACGGUGAACCGGGUGGCCGAACUGAACACGAAAAUUGCACCUACUUCACCAACUAUUCCGAUGCGUCCGGCGCCAGCAGCAGCAGUGGCAGCGGCGGUUUCCGAAUGCAUCCCAAGUUUGUGAAAACCGUGCACGUAAAUAUUGAAAAUGCCAUCAACGGUAACUAUCACCAUCAGCAUCACCACCAUCACCAGCAGCAGCAAAUGCACAGAGAUCAAACGAUAGGAGGGACCGUGCAGCAACCCAUCAUCACCAAUGGCCAUCACAAUCACAACCACCACCAGCAGCAACAGCAGCAGCAUCAUCCGUACGUGUACAAUCAGCAGCCGCAGGAACCGAUCACCGAGCACGAGGAGACUGAAACCGACAAAAUGCUAACCGGUGGUGGCGCUGGUAGCUUCAGCGAAAACGAUGACCACACGGCGAGCAACGGUGGUUCCGGGCCGGAUUCCGACACCCACGACGAGGUGACGAAGAAGCUUUGCCGGGAAGAUGAUGCAUCGAUCUGUUGUCCGGUGUAUGAGGAACCGGUGGUGCAUCAACCCUCAUAAAUUAGUCCCGGGCGCCGCUACCGUAAGUAGACAUGCGCGCUUAACCUGUAGAUUUGUUACGCCACAACACGCGGGUGUAAGAGUUUUAUUUGGGUUCCACUCAAACGCUCAAACUCAAAGCGCGAUUUCUUUCAACUGCGAGCGGAAUCGAACCGGCAAGAGCGAUAUCUGCCUCUGAUGAACGGGAAAUUAGAGGAAGACAAACAAAAACUUGCUACACAUGGUCAUAUAAGUCAAUCUUCCCACACCCAUAGGGUCCGCACGAUUGAACUGUUCGAUACCAAAACAUGUGGCGCAGUCCCUAAUAGGAAAGUAAUAAUUUAUUUAAGCAAGCAAGCAACCAUCAUAUGCAAUCGGUUCGAUUAUUGAAUUGCUGCCUGGUUGGGUAACUCCAUUUUGAAUUUUCUUCACUGCGAGCAAGCAUUUUUCCCCACCAUUUUCGUUAACUAAUCACGAUUUAGUUCGAAUUUAUUUCGUUUUUUGAUUUGCUGUGUUUGCAUCUCACCAUCCACCGUGCGACAUCAAUGCAUUUUACUUCAAAUCUUGAAUUUCUUGCAAAGGAGAAACGGUUCUAGCGUGUGGACAUGAUUAAUUUCACCUUCUUCCUGCUGUCGGACGUGCGCGGCGACGUACGGCAGCAUGUGUGCGAUGCUGUGCUGUCGGUGGUGGCUCUUUACGUCUGGUGUAGAGCGAAAACUUAAUAUGACAACACACUUCCGUUGCGUGUUUUAACCCGUCCAAGCGGUUGGGCUUGGAGUGUUAUCCUCUCUUUCGGGUCGCGAUGACAGGCGCGCUUGUGUUGCCGAACCUUCGUCUAGCUGCUGGCAAUGCGCCCCGAACAUGGUUCAUAAUUUAUAUUUAGCGAGUGGCGGCCACUCGUCUCC